AGUUUAAAAAGAAUAGAGAUUUUUGUGUGAAAUUUUCUUGAUAUUUAGUUUGAUUUAAUUGGUCAAUACUAAUUGAUACUAAAGGUGUAUAAAAAAUUCUCUCUGCUAUGCAGGGGGAGCUUAUGACUCCAUUUAUUUUUCAUUUAGCUUAAAGUUCAGAUUCUUAAAAAAAUUUCUUUUAACCAUCUUUAACUUUCUUAGACUUUAACAGAAGCUAAUGAGAAAAUUGAAGUUCAGAAUCAAGAAAUGAGAAAAAAUCUAGAAGAGUCUGUACAGGAAAUGGAGAAGAUGACUGAUGACUAUAAUAGAAUGAAAGCUAUUGUGCAUCAGACAGAUAAUGUAAUGGAUCAGUUAAAAAAAGAAAAUGAACAUUAUCGACUUCAAGUGCAGGAGCUCACAGAACUUUUAAAAGUGAAAAACGAAGAAGAUGAUCCAGUCAUGGUAGCUGUCAGUGCAAAAGUAGAAGAAUGGAAGUUAAUUUUGUCUUCUAAAGAUGAUGAAAUUAUUGAGUAUCAGAAAAUGCUUCAUAACUUGAGGGAGAAACUUAAAAAUGCCCAACUUGAUGCUGAUAAAAGUAAUGUUAUGGCUCUGCAACAGGUAAAACCAUUUCAAAAUUUGCUUUAUCUAUCAGUUUUAUCAGAGUUGGUAAUGGAACUCAGAGCUAUGUCCUAUUAUGUCACCUGUGUCUAUUCUACUGAUUUCCACUAUACCCACUGCUGUCAAGUUGAUUCUGACUCAUAG